UAUGUUACACUGCACCGGAUCCCGGAAGCACUCCUCAAUUUACUCCGGCAUAGGCUUCUCACGAGGCUUGCUGGAGCGCCUGGUGAGCACUUUCCACCCGGCCGCGAGCUGAGCGGAGCCCGGUCUACGGCGGAGAUGGAGAGCGCUGUGGAAGGCCGCACGGCCAGCGUGCUUUUCGCGGGGUUCCGGGCCUUGGGGUUGUUCAGCAACGACAUUCCACACGUGGUGCGGUACAACGCGCUCAAGCGCCGCUUCUACGUGACGACUUGCGUAGGCAAGAGCUUCCACACAUAUGACGUUCAGAAACUUAGUCUGGUUGCAGUAAGUAACUCUGUUCCACAGGACAUCUGUUGCAUGGCAGCCGAUGGGAGGCUAGUCUUUGCUGCCUAUGGGAACGUUUUCUCUGCAUUUGCCCGUAAUAAAGAGAUAGUACAUACUUUUAAGGGCCAUAAAGCAGAAAUCCAUCUAUUGCAACCCUUUGGGGAUCAUGUAAUCUCAGUGGAUACUGACAGCGUUCUUAUUAUUUGGCACAUUUAUUCAGAAGAAGAGUACCUUCAGUUGACUUUUGAUAAGUCAGUUUUUAAAAUUUCUACAAUUUUGCAUCCAAGCACCUACUUGAAUAAAGUUCUCCUGGGCAGUGAGCAGGGAAGCCUACAGUUAUGGAAUAUAAAGUCCAAUAAACUUCUAUAUACAUUUCCAGGAUGGAAGGUGGGAGUAACAGCUCUUCAGCAGGCACCAGCUGUGGACGUGGUGGCCAUUGGUCUUGUGUCUGGUCAAGUUGUCAUUCACAACAUUAAGUUUGAUGAAACAUUAAUGAAGUUCCAUCAGGAUUGGGGACCCAUUACUUCCAUUUCAUUUCGUACAGAUGGUCAUCCAAUAAUGGCAGCUGGAAGCCCGUGUGGCCAUAUUGGACUCUGGGAUCUGGAAGAUAAAAAAUUAAUUAAUCAAAUGAGAAAUGCACACUCUACAGCAAUAUCUGGGCUGACAUUUCUUCAUAGAGAGCCGUUGCUUGUUACAAAUGGCGCUGAUAAUGCUCUUAGGAUAUGGAUAUUUGAUGGCCCGACAGGUGAAGGACGGCUGUUGAGAUUAAGAAUGGGACAUAGUGCGUCUCUUACCAAGAUUAGAUAUUAUGGACAAAAUGGACAGCAGAUUUUAAGUGCAAGUCAAGACGGGACUCUACAGUCAUUUUCUACAGUUCAUGAAAAAUUCAACAAGAGCUUGGGGCAUGGAUUAGUAAACAAAAAAAUAGUUAAACGUAAAGGACUUCAGAACACUAUGUCAGUAAGACUUCCACCUAUCACACAAUUUGCUGCUGAGGAAGCUCGCCAAAGUGACUGGGAUGGUGUCAUUGCUUGCCAUCAAGGUAAGCUGUCUUGCUCAACCUGGAAUUACCAGAGAUCUACAAUAGGUGCUUAUUUCCUCAAGCCAAAAAACGUAAAGGCAAACAGCGCCACUGCCACAGCAGUAGAUAUAACUUCCUGUGGAAACUUUGCAAUAAUUGGCCUCUCCUCGGGAGCCGUGGAUGUGUACAACAUGCAGUCUGGUAUACAUCGAGGAAGUUUUGGAGAUGAGAAAGCUCAUGCCGGCUCUGUCAGAGGUGUCGCCGUGGAUGGAUUGAACCAGCUGGCAAUUACAGCUGGAAGUGAACGGUUGCUCAAAUUCUGGAACUUCAAAAGCAAGGUUUUGGUCCACUCUCUGAGCCUUGAUUCACCUCCAAAUGUGAUGCUGCUGCACAGGGACAGUGGCAUCCUGGGCCUUGCCUUGGAUGACUUCUCCAUUACUGUUCUCGACAUAGAAACUAGGAAGAUUGUCAGAGAGUUUUCUGGACACCAAGGCCAAAUAAAUGACAUGACGUUCAGUCCUGAUGGCCGUUGGUUGAUAAGUGCGGCGAUGGAUUGCUCUGUUAGGACUUGGGACCUUCCCUCAGGGUGCCUAAUCGACUGUUUUUUGCUGGACUCUGCUCCUCUAAAUGUUACUAUGUCCCCAACUGGAGACUUUCUAGCAACGUCCCAUGUGGAUCACCUUGGAAUUUAUCUGUGGUCGAAUAUUUCCCUCUAUUCAGUUGUCUCCCUGCGACCACUUCCUCCAGAUUAUGUCCCUUCCGUACUGAUGCUUCCUGGUACUUGUCAAACCCAAGGUCUGGAAGCAUUGGAAGAACAGAUUGAGCCAAGCGAUGAAAUGAUAGAGUAUGAGUCGCCAGAGCAGUUGAAUGAGCAACUGGUGACUCUCUCACUUCUCCCUGAGUCACGCUGGAAAAACCUUCUGAAUCUUGAUGUUAUCAAGAAAAAGAAUAAACCAAAAGAACCACCCAAGGUUCCCCAGUCAGCUCCGUUCUUCAUCCCAACAGUUCCCGGGCUUGUCCCCAGGUUUGCUGUACCUGAACCCACCAGUGACCCCCAGCAGUCUAAGGUGGUAAACCUUGGGAUUUUGGCUCAAAAAUCAAAUUUCUACCUGAAACUUGAAGAAGGAUUACAAAAUAAUCAGUAUGAAGGGGCUCUUAACCUUCUGAAAGAGUUAGGCCCGUCUGGGAUUGAAACGGAGCUGCGGAACUUGUCUCCUGAGGACGGCGGGUCAAUAGAGGCCAUGCGGAGCUUUUUGAGUAUGAUCGGGGUGAUGCUGGACAGAAAGCGUGAUUUCGAGCUGGCCCAGGCGUACCUUGCAUUGUUUCUGAAGUGUUCAUGUUGUAUUUGGUUGGUUGGAGUUAGGAUUGCUUGAUCUGCAGACGACUAGCUGUGCCUCGUAGAAGUGCCUGCCUUGUUGCCAGCUUGGGUGCGGACGCCUCAGUGGUCUUCUGUUAGAGGAUGCACUAAGUUCCUGCUAGAUAUCAACCUUCAUUAAAUUGUAAGAUUUUAUAUGUGCUAGUUUCUUUCUUUUUAUUGAAAAUAGAUUCUUUUCUCAUACAGUAAUCCCAAUUACAGUUUUCCUGCCCUCCACUCCCCCAGUUCAUCCCAAUAUCCUUUCUCCUUUAGGGCCCUCCCUUUCUUCUCAUUAGAAAAGAACAGGCUUCUAAGAUUAACAACCAAGUAGACAAAAUGUAAAAGAUAAAAUUAUAUUGAGUCUGGACAAGGCAUCCCAACAAAAGGGAAAAAGCCUAAAAGCAGGCACAAGAAUCAGAGACCCACUGGUUCACACCCUUGGGUCCCGUAGAGGGUGCUACGCUAAAAGCUGUGAUUAAGAGGACCAGGUGCAGCCCCAUGCUGGUCCUGCGCUUGCUGUUUCCCACUCUCGGAGUUUACAUGGGCUUUGCUCAGUUGAUACAGAGCUCCUAGUUCUCCUGGUCCCCUCUGUCCCCCUCUCUCCUCUAUUCUCGUUCCUCCUUUUCUGCUAGGUUCCCUGAGCUCUGAGGGAGGGGUUUGAUGGAGAGGUCUAGUUUAAACCUCCACAUAAUGUCUGGCUGUGGGUCUCUGCAUCCCUUCUCACCUGCUGCAGGAGACAGCUUCUCUGAUGACAGCAGAAUACCUUAGGAGUCAUUUUAUUAACACUUUUUAAAUAAAUAGACGUGGGGAUUUUAAGGCAUUUUUUUGAAAUUGGAAGAAAAGUUCUCCAAUUAGUAUAAUGAAUGAGUAUUUCCCGUACUGAGUAAUAUUUCAUCCCCCGGGUAGCACAGGCUAAGGCGAAACUGUUUCAUAUGUUUGAUAGAAUAGUCUAACUUUGAUUUUAAAACGACCAACACUUUGGCCUAAUCAAGUGGGGGGAAAAGUCCCGAGUCUUUGUUGCUUCUUGGUUUUCAUUUCUUCUGUGGUAACUUUACUGUUAAGUUUCUUCUUUAGCCAUGAUUGGCAAAUUGUAUUUUCUUUAAAAAUCAUGCUUUGUGCACAUUUUCAAGGAGGUUAGUGUCACUUAAUGGAGGCUUACGUGUUUUUAUGAAUUGGUUACACAGGACAGAAGCCCAACACUAACAAAGACAGGGAUAAAAUUGUCUCUUGGCGGGCUUCAUGAUGCUCUGAGCUCUUACUGACCAACCUGCUCGGGUCCUACCUCACCCACUGACUGACAAGAGUAUUUCUUCAUGACAGCUGAGAACAAAUUGGAGACCAAAACUUCAAGCUGUCAACAGUUCUACAGUCUCAUGUUUUUUUAAUAUUUACUUUUAUUAUCAAUAUGUAUAUUUAUGUGAAAAGGUAUGUGCACAGGGAUGUAGGCCCUCAGACACCGGAGUUGUUUGACUUCUUGAGAUUCCUAUCACAGGUCCUGAACUCAGGUGCUAAGCAAGAGCAAUAUAUGCUCCCAACCACUGAGCUCUCUAGUCCCACGUAUUCUUAAACUUGUUACAAACUAAGACCUACAAUACAGUACAGUACAAUACAGUACAGUACAAUACAGUACAGUACAGUACAAUACAGUACAGUACAGUACAAUGCAGUACAGUACAAUGCAGUACAGUACAAUGCAGUACAGUACAAUACAGUACAGUACAAUACAGUACAGUACAGUACGUCUCACAGUGAGCCUGCUUAACCUUUAAACCUACUAGAGUGGCUGGGGGAUUAGCUUUUGAUGAGCCAGACUGAGUCAUUCAUUGAGCCCUAGAAAGGGGAGAGAGACCACACCAAGAAACCACAUGAACUGAGGUAGACAUGCAGCCACCCAAGUAAAAGUGUUCUGAGACAAAAGGGAGAGAAGGGCAAAAAUAAAAAUGUGUAUCUAAAAGUUUAUUUCCUCCUGGAGAACUGAUUCUAUAAAAGGAUCCGGGGAAGCAUGGUUUGUAUGUUUGAAAACCAUAUUUCAAAUGUAGUUUUGUUUUUUGUUUUUUUGUUUUUUGUUGUUGUUUUUUUUGUUUUUUUUUUUACUUAUUUUUGGCUUUUGAGGCAGGGCCUCUCUGUGUAGUCCUGAUUGUCCUGUAACUCACUCUGUCCACCAGGCUGGCCUCCAACUCAGAUCUGCCUGCCUCUCGCCUCCUGAGUGCUGGGAUUAAAGGCAUGGGCCACCACUGCCCAUGUGUUCUUUUUAAAUAAGUGUUCUGUGAUAGGAAAAGAGAUAGAUUGAAAUACAUACUUUAUUGAGAGGCUAGAUUAGUACUUAAUACAGAGUCCACCAAAAUAGUCCAGGCAUUAAGACAGAGUUUUAAUAAUGUGACUCCCUGUGGAACCAGCAUUAAGGUGUUUCUCUUUAUUUUUUUUUUUUUAUUAUUUCAGAUUGUAAUAUGAUUUUAUUAUUUCCUCUCCUUCCUUCCUCCAGGCUGGCAGUUCUCAGCCUUCCUGAUGCUGUGGCCCUUCAGUACAGUUCCUCGUGUUGUCUGACCCCCAACUGUAAAAUUUUUCAUCGCUACCAUACCACUGUAACUUUGCUACUAUUAUGAAUUGUAAAUAUGUGAUAGACAGGAUGUCUGAUACCCGACCCCUGGGGGUGGUGACCCACAGGUUGAGAACUGCUGCAUAUAUCCUAGUUCCUUGGCCUCCUUCAAACUCAUGGCCCCCUUUUUCAUUUAUUACAUUUACUUAUGGGGGAAAGCCUAAGGUCUCAACUCUACACGGUGUUACUUUUCUAUGCACUUUUGGCCUCUAAGCCAUCUCUUCAGCUUCUUAAAUUAUUUUUAUUAUGUAUUACGUAGGACUCUUGAUCACAAAUUAUAGAAGACUUUGGUGUUUGCUUAAAUAGGAAGGGUAAUUUAAGAAUUUAAAGGUGCUUUUAUGUCAGGGCACACUAAGCAAGAACUCUGUCAUUGAGCUACAUUAUCAGCCUUUAGUCUGCUGUUUUUGUUUUUGCUUUUCACAGCAUUCUAUUCCUUUUGAGGCAGUUGACCCACAGGAGUGCAGCCUAUCCUGCUGUCUGUAGAGACUGGAGACCAGUGAAGCUCAGAAAGGGGGACUCCCUCUACUUUUUCCCUCCUUUGCUUUCCUCUCCCUACCUUCCCUCUCCUUCCUAUUCUCCAGGUAAAAAGCUGUCAUCUCACUGGAAAAUCCCUUUUUCUCAGUGUCUGAGUAUUACUCGUUUCAUGUUAUUUUAUCUGACAGUUCUGUCGAAGCAACCUGAGAAAGCAGUGUUUCUGGAAGGAAAGGAAAACCAGGUCCUUGGUCUGAAAGGUAUUUCUCCUACACACUUUGGUUAGAGUUUUGCUGUCCUCUCUGUCUUCUGCUGAUAAACGGUUUGAGACCCUGAGAUUCCAAAACCACAGUAAUUUGUUUCUGAAGAGUAGUUAACUACAGGCUCCCUUCCUGGACGGAGGCAAUCAUGAAGCUUACCGCCUGCGCUUUUGCCGAGGAAUCAGUGAUGUCCAGCAUGUGAUGUUAAGCGAAGAACACAGUGCCUGUGUGAAUCUCUGAGCUGAUGUGUGACUGUCACAGAGAAGGACAUUGGUUCUCAGAAGGAGCUGACCCCCAAGUCAGCAUCAGCGUCACCCGCGCACAACCUGACCCUUCCCAGGAAAGGCUCUGAGGGAUGAGACUUCACAGUGUUUCAUCAUGCUUCUGGCUUGACUGAACUUGGACACAAAAGGACCAGAGAGGGAAGGAGGCUAUACAGCUUAUUCUAUGACCCCUCCUGUUCUGGGAGGCGUUAGAAAGAAAAGAAGGAAAGGGGUUUAGGGUAAGACUUGCAGGCCUGGGGUUACUGAAGCCACAUUGGAGAAAUACCCGGCGCAUUGCAACACUAGAGUUAGAAUAUUGGUUCUUCCCGCCCCAACCCUCCUCCACAAACCCCUGGAGCCUCUUAGGGGCUUACACCCUUGCACACAGUGUGGCUGUUCUGGGUAUGACUCUUAGAGGCGUACACCCUUGCACACAGUGUGGCUGUUCUGGGUAUGACUGUACUAACAUGUUUACACAGAAGGGCCAGCUGUUGCUCAGACAUUGUUUUCCCACAACUGGGAGAUUUUCGAAGGACUCUGGCAAGUUUUAUCUGCUUCCUGUAGAAAACGAGGAAGAGAGCUGGGAAAAGAAGACUGCUUAUAGACCCACUGUGAUCUAGUGAGCACACUCUACCAGAGCAGAGCGUGGCAGCACAAUCAUAGCCUGCUGACAGCACAAACUAAGGAGGCUCAUGGAAGAUAAAAGAGUUCUCACAGAAGGCUUUCUCUCUGCACAUACACAGAAAACAAGAAUCAAACUGCCAGGAAAGAAACAGCUGCAAUAGAAAAUUUAGACAAAAUAUCACUGCCGAAAUUACCCAUUCAGUACCCAUUGCUGAAAUUAAUGUGAAAGGCCGGUAGCUUUGAUUGGUGGUUUGCCUUUCACUCAGAUUUAUAGGUUUUGAGCUUAGGGACUUUAGUUGUAUGAAGAAUUCUGUACAGUUUAUUUCAUUGUCUUCAAUUAUGCUAAUUUUUAAUUCCACUUGAAUCUACUAAAUGUCUCUGUCCUGCGACUGCUAGUUUUUGUCUACUUGAUUUAAGCUAGAGUCACUGAAGAGGAAGGAGCCUGAACUGAGAAAAUGCCUUCUUAAGACGGGAGUGUAGGCAAGGCUGUAAGACAUUUUCCUAACUAGUGAUGGAUGUGGGAAGGCUCAGUCCAUUGAGAGUGAAGAUAGCUUGGCCAGGUGGUUCUGGACUCUCUAAGACACACUGAGCCAGCCAUGAGGUGAGAACCAGUAAGCAGCACUCCUCUAUGGCCCACCUUGUUUGAUUUCCUUCAACAUGGGCCAUAAUAUGGAAUUGUAAACCAAAUAAAGCUUUUCCUCCCAA